AUGGAGCGGCGGCGGCUGUCUCAUAGUGAUGAUGGCGCGCUGCCAUACCAUGCAAAGCGACGCAAAACUGGCUUCCAGCAGAUUGAGGAUGAAUGUAUACGCGAACGUUACACAGUCGCUUGGAUUUGCGCAUUGCAUAUCGAAAUGGCUGCAGCCCGUGCCAUGCUCGACGAGGAGCACGAUAACUGUCCACGGCAAGCUAACGACAUGAAUUCUUACGUGCUCGGGAGCAUUAAAAACCACAACGUGGUUAUAGCUUGCCUACCGACUGAACAGUAUGGGACGAAUAAUGCUGCGAGUGUUCUGAGUAAUAUGAGAAGGACGUUCCCGAACAUUGAGAUUGGCUUGAUGGUAGGCAUAGGCGGUGGAGUGCCACGCAAAUCGGAUAUAAGACUUGGCGAUAUUGUGGUGGGUGUCAGGGUCAUGCAGUAUGAUCUUGGAAAGACCCUCGACGGCGGGUUCCAACGGACAGGAGUUCCCAAGAUACCCGACUCUACUAUCCGCACAGUCAUCUCAAAUCUGAGAUCUCAACAUGAGCUCAGUGGGAGCAGAGUCCCUUCGAUAUUGAGGGAGAAGAUGGGCAGCUACGCCGCCUAUUCUCGCCCAAACGAGCCAGAUCGCCUUUUUCUUGCAUCGUAUCAUCAUGACGCUUCCGUCUCAUCGUGUGACGAGUGUGACUCGUCCAAGCUAGAGAAAAGAAAGAUGCGGUUAUCCAUUGAUCCAGUUAUUUACUAUGGUGGCAUCGCCUCAGCCAACACAGUUAUGAAAGACUCGACUAUUCGCGAUGAGAUUGCCCGAGAGCUAGACGUGCUUUGCUUUGAGAUGGAGGCUGCUGGUUUGAUGGAUAUCAUGCCUUGCCUGCCAAUUCGUGGUAUCUGCGACUAUUCAGACUCCCAUAAAGCGAAGAACUGGCAGCGAUAUGCCGCUGCAACUGCAGCAGCGUAUGCAUAUGAAUUUUUGGAGAUGUGGAAAGGAGACCCUAAAUCAUUAUAUGUCGGCUCCACUCACCCUGAGAGCGCGUAUUCAGAAACCUGCCGUUGGUUCCUCGGACAUCCCGAUUAUCUUUCUUGGGUUGACCCGCAGCAGUUAUUGCAGCAUCAUGGCUUCCUGUGGAUCAGAGGAAAACCUGGUGCUGGAAAAUCUACCCUUAUGAAGUUCCUAUAUUCAGCGUCGAAGAUUAAAGACCGGAGGCAUCAGAGUCUGACUGCUUCGUUCUUCUUCAAUGCUCGGGGUGAGCUAUUAGAGAAGACUGUCGCAGGGAUGUACAGAUCCCUGCUAUUGCAACUGUUCGAGGCGUAUCCAGAUCUCCAAUGUGUCUUGGACGAUACAGAGCUUCUCCCUGGAGGUAAAAGUGGCUGCCCGUCUUUGAACGGCCUCAAAGACCUUUUGCACGCUGCUGUCAUCAAGCUUGGACAAAGAUCCCUUACAUGCUUUAUUGAUGCUCUUGACGAGUGCGACGAGCAACAAGUAAUGGACCUAGUCGAAUACUUUGAAGACCUAGCAGAGAAAUGCACAGAGGAAAAGGUGUCUCUUCAUGUCUGUUUCUCUAGUCGUCAUUAUCCCUACAUCGACAUAAAAUUCGGCAUUCGUACUGUUCUAGAGGGGCAGGCCGGGCAUACCAGCGACCUCGAGCGUUUUAUCAAGACUCAUCUUCGAAUCAAAGACAGAUCACUCCUGGCAGAGCUCCAGGAGAAAAUGCUUCAGAAAGCAGCUGGCAUUUUUCUUUGGGUUGUUCUAGUGGUCAAUAUAUUGAACAAAGAGAAUUGCCGUGGACGCCUGGCUAUGAAGAGAAGACUCGAAGAGGUCCCCAGUGGCUUGAGCGACCUGUUCAAAGACCUGCUGAGAAGAGACGCUGCCAAUAUGGAGGAAUUCCAACUGUCUGUUCUUUGGAUUCUACUAAGCGAACGGCCAUUAAGCCCGGAGGAAUACUAUCACGCAGUCUGGUCGGGUUUAUCCCUCGAAGGACUAGCAGAUCUUGAUGCCCCGGAAGUUAGCACAGAAGACUCCGAAGAUUGCUUUGAUAGAUGUGUUAUCAGCUCAUCUAAGGGCUUGGCCGAGAUCACAAUAGUCAAACAACCAAGAGUUCAAUUCAUACACGAGUCUAUUCGUGACUUCCUUAUCAAAGACAAGGGCCUUCAGGAGCUUUGGCCAGAACUUGGACCGAAUUGGGAGAGUGUGGGACAUAACAAGCUAAAGCUAUGCUGCUAUUCCUACUUUGAACUUGUUACCACAAAACAACAGAUCAAAGCCUGCCCUUCUGUCAAUGAUAGCUUUAAGCUAGAGACUGAGAUUUACCCCUUUUUCGAAUAUGCUAGCAAAUUUGUUCUAUACCACGCUGACAUUGCGGCAAAUACUGCUGAUCAGCAACCAUUCCUGGAGAACUUUCAAACUUCUAUCUGGAAGCGGGUCAUCAACGCGUUCGAGCAGUAUCAGGCCGAGGGAUAUCCACAAAGUGCUGGAUUACUAUAUGUACUUGCUGACAGAGGGCAUUCAUCACUAAUACGGACGCGGCUAAAAACGGACCCCGUUAAUGACACAUUUCCAAUCGGGAAUAGAUAUGUAUACCCACUCAUAGCGGCCUUGGCCAAAGGGAAUAAGGAUAGCGCAGCUGCCCUCUUGGGACUCGCUUCACAUGAUCAAGAUGGUAUCACAAAUGCUAAAAGCUUGCUAGAUGCUAGAGGUUCAACUACCGACUUCUAUUCUUGGGCUUGUGAACAGGAGGACUUGGAGAUCGUAAGACUUCUAGAAAAAAGAAGGGCUCAAUGGAGAGAUGAGAAUGAACGGGAAGGGCAUCCGCUGAAGCUCGCAUCGAGGAAAUGGCACGAUGUGAUAGCACGGUGGUUGAUAGACCGCGGAGGGGAGCGCAUAUUCACGAUAGUGCCAUCUAGAUAGCGUCGACAAAUG